AUGCCCAGCUCGCUGUUUGCAGACCUGGAGCGCAACGGCGGCGGCGGCGGCGGCGGCGGGGGCGGCGGCGGCGGGGAGACCCUGGAUGACCAGCGAGCCCUGCAGCUCGCGCUGGACCAGCUGUCCCUCCUGGGGCUGGACAGCGACGAGGGCGCCUCUCUGUACGACAGCGAGCCGCGCAAGAAGAGCGUGAACAUGACCGAGUGCGUGCCGGUGCCCAGCUCGGAGCACGUCGCCGAGAUCGUAGGGAGGCAAGGUUGUAAAAUCAAGGCGCUGCGGGCGAAGACCAACACUUACAUCAAGACCCCGGUGCGCGGGGAGGAGCCGGUCUUCGUGGUGACGGGGAGGAAGGAGGACGUGGCCAUGGCCCGGAGGGAGAUCAUCUCGGCGGCCGAGCACUUCUCCAUGAUCCGCGCCUCCAGGAACAAGAACUCGGCGCUCAACGGCGGCGGCGGCGGCGGCGCCGUGCCGGGCCCGCCCAACCUGCCGGGCCAGACCACCAUCCAGGUGCGGGUGCCCUACCGCGUGGUGGGGCUGGUGGUGGGGCCCAAGGGGGCCACGAUCAAGCGCAUCCAGCAGCAGACGCACACCUACAUCGUGACGCCCAGCCGCGACAAGGAGCCCGUGUUCGAGGUGACGGGGAUGCCCGAGAACGUGGACCGGGCGCGCGAGGAGAUCGAGGCGCACAUCGCCCUGCGCACCGGCGGCAUCAUCGAGCUCACGGACGACAACGACUUCCACGCCAACGGCACCGACGUGGGCUUCGACCUGCAUCACGGGUCCGGCGGGUCCGGCCCGGGGAGCCUGUGGAGCAAGCCCACCCCGAGCAUCACGCCCACCCCGGGCCGCAAGCCCUUCGCCAGUUACCGCAACGACAGCUCCAGCUCCCUCGGCAGCGCCUCCACGGACUCUUACUUCGGCGGGGGGACCGGCGGCGGCGGCGGCGGCGGGGGCAGCGCGGCCGCCACCCCGCGCCUGGCCGACUACAGCCCCCCCAGCCCCGCCCUCAGCUUCGCGCACAACGGGAACAACAACAGCAACGGCAACGGGUACGCCUACGCCGCCGGGGAGGCCCCCGCGCCUUCCCCCGACGGCUGCGCCGAGCUGCCGCCCGCCUUCGACCCGGCGCCCGCGCCCCCGCCCGGGGCGCCCCUGCUCUGGGCGCAGUUCGAGCGCUCGCCCGGAGGGGGGCCCGCGGCGGCGCCCGCGGCCUCCUCCUGCUCCUCCUCCGCGUCUUCCUCCGCCUCGUCUUCCUCCGUGGUCUUCCCGGGGGGCGGCACCGGCGCGCCCGCCAACGCCAACCUGGGGCUGUUGGUGCAGCGCCGGCUGCACCCGGGCGCCGGCUGCCCGCGCCUGUCGCCGCCCCUGCACGUGGCCCCCGGGGCGGGCGAGCACCACCUGGCCCGCCGGGUGCGCAGCGACCCGGGCGGAGGGGGCCUGGCUUACGCGGCCUAUGCCAACGGGCUGGGGGCGCAGCUGCCGGGCCUGCCGCCGUCCGACACGUCGGGCUCCUCCUCGUCCUCCAGCUCCUCCUCCAGCUCCUCCUCCUCGUCGUCGGGGCUGCGGCGCAAGGGCAGCCGCGACUGCUCCGUGUGCUUCGAGAGCGAGGUCAUCGCGGCGCUCGUGCCCUGCGGCCACAACCUCUUCUGCAUGGAGUGUGCCAACCGCAUCUGCGAGAAGAGCCAGCCCGAGUGCCCGGUGUGCCACGCCGCGGUCACCCAGGCCAUCCGCAUCUUCUCCUGAGGGGCC